AUGUUUGCACUGCGUGUGCUGCAGCAGCAAAGCUGCUGGCCGCGGCUUGAGAGAUGGAGCGGAGACAACCUGCAGCUGCAGCAGUGGCUAGCUGAUGCAGCAGCAGCACUGGGGCUGCUGCAGCUGCUGACGCUUGCUUUCUAUCUGGCUCCCCCGGGUUCUGCUGCUGCUGCUGCUGCUGCUGCUGCAACUGCAGCAACUGCAGCAACAGCAGCACCGCCCCCUCCUGCUGCUGCUCUUGCUGCUGCUGCUGCACCCGACUCCCUACAAAUCAUCGUCAACGGCGCGCAGAUACCCCUGCCUGCUGCUGCACCUCACCAGCAGCAGCAGCAGCAGCAGCAGCAGCAGCAGCAGCAGCAGCAGUUGCUUGAUGGUAGAACUUGUCUUCGAUUGGUGUAUUUUGGUCUCCACUGCGAUCUCUGUAUUUCUCUGGUUAGGGGGGCUGUGCUGCUGCAGUGUUUGUGGCUGCCGCCGCAGCUGCAGCAGCUGCUGCAGGAAGCAGCAGCAGCAAGCGUUGCUGAUCUGCUGCUGCUGCUGCCGCUGCUGCGACGCCUAGCUUUCUGUGUAAGAUUCGCGCAGCAAGCAGCAGCAGCAGGAGCAGCGGUGCUGCCAGCAGCAGAAGUGGGGGCCUCAGACUGGUGUGUGCCUACAGAAGCAGCAGCAGCUGCUGCUGCUGCUUCUGCUGCUGCUGCUGCUGCUGCUGCUCCGCCAUCUGCUGCUGCUGCUGCUGUUGCUGCUGCGGCUCAUCCUACCAGUGUUCUGGCGACGGAGGCAAUCGACGCGCUGCAGCAGCUGCUGCACUGCGGUGCGAGCACAGGUGCUGCUGCUGCUGCUGCUGCUGCUGCUGCUGCUGCUGCUUCUGGUGCAGCAAAGUCGCAGCAGCAGCAGUCGCGUGCUGCUGCUGUUGGCGACAGCAACACUGCAACUAUUUUCUUGCGUCUUACGCUGCAGCAGCAGCAGCAGCAGCAGCCAGUGAAACAGCAGCAGCAGCCGCAGCAGCAGCAGCAGCAGCAUGCAGUUGUUGCUGCAGUUGUCGAUGGGGAGCGCCGCAUAAAGGCUUCUUACUUGCUGGUUGCUGCAGCUCCACGCGGCCAAGCAGCAGCAACUCGCAGCAGCAGCGUAGCCGCAUAUUCGCCACAAUGA